GCCCUUGUAAAAAAAAACAAGUGAGUCCCAGCGCUACAAUUGGAAGCCGAAUUUUACGGGAAUAAUUAGCAAGUCACUUUGAUUAGCACCUGGAAGACGUGCUCCAGCGUUAUUACAAGAUGGCCUUCAACUUUACCGCCUUCACGUAUAUAGUGGCCCUGAUCGGCGAUGCAUUUUUGAUAUUUUUCGCCAUAUUUCAUGUCAUUGCAUUCGACGAGCUGAAAACGGAUUAUAAGAACCCAAUUGAUCAGUGCAAUAGCCUCAAUCCGCUGGUUUUGCCGGAGUACCUUUUGCACAUCUUCCUGAACUUGCUCUUCUUGUUCUGCGGCGAAUGGUUCUCACUAUGCAUCAACAUACCCCUCAUAGCCUAUCAUUUUUGGCGUUACAAAAACCGCCCUGUGAUGUCGGGACCGGGACUUUACGAUCCCACCACGGUCCUAAAAACCGACACUUUAUCCCGGAACAUGCGUGAGGGUUGGAUCAAACUGGCAGUCUACUUGAUCAGCUUCUUCUACUACAUAUAUGGCAUGGUUUAUUCGCUCAUCUCGACAUAGGCAGCUGUUGCCUGGGGAUCUCAGUGUUGGCGCCAGCGCAUCCGCGCCGUGUAUUAAUUGUCUAAACUCGGGUAGAAUACUCCCUUUUUGGGGGAGAAUCCACAUCAACAGCGAACAAUACUUCACUUGUAAAUUCUAGUGUAAAUCCAUAAAGACAUCUUAAAGCUUUGUUUUUUUAUAUAAUUUGUAAUCCUUUUUUGCAGUAUGAGAUUGUAACGUGUUUUUAUUAUAAUUAUAUUUGCAUUUCGCAUUGCGCAUCUUUGGUGUAGUUGGAUUUUAAGCAUUAAAUAAAAGUCAGAUCGAAGUAA